AUGUUAAUAUUUAUAUCUCCCAACAAAGCCAUUCGUUUGCAUUCAGACCCCGAGUACGCCAACUGCACCCCUCCCUGUAGGGCACCCGACGGACUCAAUGCCCAGGACGAGGUCUAUGAGAUACAACUAUUUCACGUGGGCCAGUGGCACGUUAGGGGCUUUUAUGAUAUCACUUCCUUGUACUGUCAGGUGCAGUAUGCGAAGGACUACCCGGUUGUGUGGACUAAAGUGAAUCACGACAACCCCAACAACCACUUAUUUAUCUCCCGGGGCUCGACCACUAUUAUACCCGACAGUCGCUACUCCGUGCGAUUCGAUGAAAAGCAAUCCAUUUAUACGUUAGUUAUAUCCAAAGUACAAGAGAUCGAUUCCGGGGAAUACCGGUGCGAAAUCACUACUGGCAUCUCCAGCAAAGUCUCGGCUGACGUUAACGUGUUCAUACAAAUCCCUCCAGUGAUCAGUGAUAACAGCACUCGAAGUGUGAUUACAUAUGUGGGCGCAAACGUAACCCUCCAAUGCUAUGCAUCAGGUUAUCCGCCGCCACUUAUCUCCUGGCGUCGGGAGCAAAACCAACUGCUCCCGAAUGGGAUGGCGUACUAUAGGGGUAAUAGUCUGCGGUUAGACAACAUCACCAAAGACACGAGAGGCACCUAUUACUGUGUCGCUGACAACGGUGUCAGUAGUGGUGCGCGAAGACAUAUUGGGGUGGAGGUGGAGUUCCCGCCGUUUAUAUCCAUAGCUCGACCACAGACAGGUCAGGCCCUACAAUAUGACGCUGACCUGCACUGUCAUAUUGAGGCGUUCCCGAGUCCCAGUGUUUUGUGGCUAAAGGACGGGCAGCUUUUGAAUGACAACCAACACUACCAGAUCUCCAUCUUUGCCAGAAGUGACGAAUUCACGGACACAACACUCCGUGUGAAGCGUAUUGAGAAGAGGCAGUACGGGCUGUACUCGUGUCGGGCCGUCAAUAAGUUGGGGUUCAGGGAGGAAGUGAUUGAAUUGGUUGAGACGGUGAACGUCGUGUGUCCGCCCGCUUGUAAUGUAGGCCUUCAAUACACUUCAGACGCCUUCAGAAUCUUGUCGUCCUUUUUACAUAAAAUAGCCGUUCCUUUGAGUCUCAUUCUCAGCACCAGAUAUAUUGGAUUUGCUUAGCCCAGAGUACCUCAAGAGUUAUGUUUUCCACAAAAUGUUUAUAUUUAAUCAUAACAGACAACAUUUUAUAUAGUAUUCAUAAAACUUUAUUUACAAAAAACUGAUUUUAUUUCAAUUAUAAUGUGAGUCAAUGCAUUGAGCUGUCGAUGAAUCUCAUUUAAAGGCAAAUUGAGUGCAAUCAUUGAUACUUUCAUAGAUGAGA